CCAAAAAUAAGACAUGACAAGUGAAAAGACAAAAACUUUCUAAAAACAGAAACAUUAAACAUUUUAAAACAACAGUUUUUAGGUAUAAGCAGAAAGUUUUUCUAUUUCCUUAUUUUCUCCGUCAAUAGAGUUAAAAACAUACACUUCCAAAAAUUGAUAAGAAGAAAAUUAAAAGUUGAAGGUUAACUAUGAAUAAUUAAAUAUGUUUAUCUCCAGUCAAAAUACCAAAUUGAUCAUAAUAACAGUAAAUUGGCAUGAAACCUAAGUGGAAAAUUAGGUAAAGACCGAAUAUACUGUAAAUUUAUAAAGCAUUUAUGAGAACAAAAUGAAGAUAUCCAUAGAUGACUAUGACAAGACUUAUGAACCACCAAAGACCAAGUCCACUAAAAUUUGUCCAUUGUAUUUUCUUUCCGUUGGACGAAUAUUAGCUAUUCUAGCCACCUUAGUUGUAAUAGGCUGUAUACUAUUACUUUGUAAAGCCUAUAUUAAAUUUGUUUUAUUGUGGCUAGAAAAACAAGAUGAAUUAGUAAUAGCUGGAACCGUUUGCAUUUUAUUUAUUAUAGUUUCACUUCCAAUUAGCGUGGGAUAUAUUGUUUUGGUUCUAGCUUCAGGUUAUUUAUUUGGAAUAGGCAAAGGUUUACUUUUAGUGGUUUUUGGUGCCAAUAUAGGUCUCCUUAUUGCUCACAAUCUUCUCAAAGUAGUGGGAUACCAUCCCAGUAUAUACAGGUUUACUCAGAAUGAAAUGGCUGUGGCAAUAAUGCAGGUGAUAUCGGGUCCAUUGUGCUUCAAGAUUGUUUUCUGUUCGAGACUGACACCCAUUCCUUUUGGAUUACAAAAUACAAUAUUUGCAUUAAGCAAUGUCAGUUCAAGAAUCUACCAUGUAGCUUCUUUAUUUGGUCUGUUUCCUGCUCAACUUGUGACGGUGUAUGUUGGAUCUACGCUAAGAUCCAUGCAAGACGUUAUAGAAAAUAAUCACAUUUCUUCUACGACAUAUUUUAUAGUGGUUGUACAGUUGAUUUGUGGCAUUUCUUUGAUUAUAUGGAUAGGAAGUAAAGCAAGAAAUGAACUGAUGAAAGUCUUGUCUGAUGCAGAUAAUGCUUCCAUUAAAACUUCCUACUCUCUUGUGUGAUAUUAUUUAAAUAAUCUUAUUAUUUAUGACUCAUAAUUUUUUCAUCAGAAAUUUUAAUUUAUUAUUCUCAUUUUCAUUGAUAACAUAACUAAACUGGCAUUUAUUGUAGUAAUAUUGAAUAAUACAUCACAAUUUAAUUGAAUUAAGUUCAUGAAGUUUGUGAUAUGAAGUGCAUUUUUAAUGUGUGAUUAUUUGAAUUUUUAAAUCAUGUGACAAAUCAAUAUGUAUUGUAACCACACAAAAGAAAAAAAAAUCUAUAUAUAGUAGGUUUGUGGUGUAAUUAUAUUUUUUUAUAAACUGAGCAAAAUUUAAUCUAUGUUUAUUGUUUGUUUGACUAAAAACGAAUUUAUCUGAGUAUAAAACAUUUUAAAAAUUAGAAAUUUAUAAAUUAGUAAUGAAUACAUCUAUAUUUAUAGAAAUCUUCCAUGACCCUAUUGUUUUUUAUGAAGUUUUUUCAUUAAGUUGUUAAUGUAUAAUCACAGAUACUUUUAACAUAUUCUCUGUGGUAUAAUUCUUUGAGAAGAAUCGUAGUUGUAUAAUUAAUCUGUGGUGAGUAUACAGGGUGUCCCAAUAUUCUGUGAACAUGGAGCUACUAAAGUUCAUUGGACACAAUUUACCUCUAUACAAAAGUGCUUCGUUUGUCCACUAGAGAGCGUCAAACUUUAAAAAAAUAUAAACACAUUUUUUCAGAUAUUUUAAGAACCGUUCUUCCUAUUUGAAUGAUAUUUUGGGUGUCCAUGUUUCGGUAAGUGCUUUAAUAUUUGACUUUCACAAAAAUGAAGAAAAAACACGGGAAGGGUAAAAACUACCCUCACCCCUGCAUAAAUUAUAGUAUAAAUAUUUUCCAACUCUACCGACGACGGAUUUUCUUUUCGUAAAAUGGUCUCUAGUAUUUACUACAUUUUUUGUCUCUUGUAAAAAA